AUGCACUUAGGGGAUAAUGAAGCUCUAUAUUCCAUUACACUCGCAGGUGAAACUCUUUGUGUGAUCACUGGAGCGAACGGUAUUCAAGAACUCUACCGAAAUAUCUCGACAAUAAAAUGGGACAAUUUGAUUAAAGAUAUGUACUCUUUUGUGGGCCUAUCUCCCGCAAGCAUCUCCCAAGUAUGGGGUGAAACUCAUGAGCAGCUAGCUACCGCAGACUCCAAAAUUCCCACCCGGUCAGCACACGAGAUGACUUCCGAAUAUCACCGUCAGCAAUUACUUACGGCGGCCAAUGCUGAAAACCUCGCCCAACAAAUAAUUCCGGGUCUUGAGAAGAGUUCGCCAUAUUACGGACUCAAGAUUUUCGAGACAAAUCCCAAUCUCCUACAAACAAUGAUGUCAUGGGAAGCGACAAACUGGAAAUUGAUGUACAGACUACCUGACUUCAUGGCACGAGAUAUGAUUAAUGCCAGAAGCGAAUUUAUUGACACAUUGUGCAAAUACUUUGAGACGCCUAACAAAGACCGGUCUGAUGCACUGUAUUUUGUAACGGCCAUGGAAGAAGAAAUGCGGGCAGCUGGCUUGAGUGAUCGCGAGACUGCAGGAAUAUAUAUGCUACAUUUAUGGGCGAUUAAGGCCAAUGUGUACAAGGCUGCAUUCUGGGCAAUAGCCCACAUCGUCCAUAGCCCAGAAUUACUUGACCAUAUCCGCGCAGAAGUAGCCCCAGCUAUAGGAGCAGAUGGAGAAACAUUAGAUCUCAACUAUUUUACAAAAGAAUGUCCACGUCUCGAAGGUUUCUUCAGCGAAGUCCUGAGAACAAACUCGGCAGGAGUACUUGCUCGCGAAGUCAUCACACCGACAUUGUUUAAUGGGAAAGUACUCGCGAAAGGCACAAAACUUAUGAUUACAUACCGCCAACUUCAUCUCGAUGGACAGUAUAAAAGCCUUACACGCAGUCAAAAUUUCUGGCCCUUUGGCGGUGGCCAUACACUCUGUCCAGGGCGUUUUAUUGCUAAAAAAUCAGUUUAUACCAUUGUGGCUCUUCUUUUCUCUCGAUACGACGUUACUUUGGACACUGACGCCGCCAAUCAAAAGUUUCCACGCAUCGAUGACGCUACGGCUGGAAUUGGAACAAUGGCACCGAUGCCUGGAGAAGAUGUUAAAUUGGUCAUUAAGCCGAGGAAAAUCUAA